AGGCUCUCGCCAGUCUUCCCCGGUAUCCUAGCAACUGCCUUAAACAGGAAAGAUGGCGACGAAGCGGGAACAAGACGCUGCCGCUUAUUUGAGGAAACACAGAAUCGCGGAGCUGGUGGAGAACCUGUUCUCCAUGCUCGUCUUCUACAGACCCGAUAAUCCCAGAGAGUUUCUCAUUGAGCAGCUGAAGCAGCUAAAGCUUUCUCAAAUCAAUGAUGUGACCGGACCUCAUCUGUUCCAAAGCUCAAACCUGGACGCAGUCUUUGGAAUCCUGGACCCAGCCAAACAGAACCACAUCACAUUCGCACAGUACAAGCAGGCUCUGAAGACACUGGGCAUUAGGGACAUCGAUGAAUGUCCUGAAGGUGUUAAUGAAGAUAGAAUAUCCUAUGAGACGUUCAAAGCAGAAGCAGAACGAGGUCUGCAGAGAUGCUCAGCAACAUUCUGCUCCCAGCAUUAAUACUGUACUCAACAUGUGGAGCUGCUAUUUACAUUAUAAACUAUUCCUAACAUAUGUUCUAUUAUCUUAAAUAACCAAGUUAUGAAUAGAAAGCUGUUGUAUAAAAAAAAAAUCUUAAUUAAGUUCUAACAAUCAUAUAUCCCCGCUUUUGUUUAUUAUUUGUAGUUAAAUUCUAACGAAAGGCCUAAGUGUUUAUAUAUAUAUAUAAAACAAAACAAAAAAAGUAUAUUUUUACCUUGUUUCAUUUAAAUGAAAUUCCUGUCUAAAGUUUUUAUCAAUCCCCCCAAAUUAAUAAAUGUCCCUAUUUCCAA